AUUUCGAGCAGUGUCUGCUUCAGCUGCAUUUCCAGUUCUUCCUGUCAGGUUGGGGAAGAAGGUGUGUCUCCAUCUCUUAAGUAAGACUGCAGGCUAUCAGCACAGUUUGGACUUUUCAGUCUAUUUAUUUACAGAACACCACAAUAAAAUCCACACUGUGGGGCAGACGGCCGCACGGAGACGCUCACAUUUCAACAGGGCUUUAAUACUGAAGGUUGGAAGCAGUUUUUGGCACUGACAGGAGGAGAAAUGGAGUGUAAAUGCAGAGAGGAUGGAGAUGCUGGUGAUGCUGUUGCAGGCUUGUGGCUGAGCAGCAGCGGCGUCCGGAUGGGAGCAUUUACGGUGGUCGGGUAUCUUCUCUACAGAUUCUCACAGACCCUUCCAGCUCUGAUCCGAUGGCCGAUCCGGAUCUUCUGCUCUCUAACUGGUCUGUCAACUCUGUGGAGCUGGGUGGGCCACCUGGUGGGAACCAUCCGAGGAAUCCAGACACUGGUCAAGUGGCUGUCUCGAAUUUGGCUAUUUGUUUUAGGAUGUUCCUCAAAGUUGCCACAGUUGUUUGGUGCCAUCCCAGCGCACACAGGGUCCAAGACAUCCAACUUGUCGUGUCCUAUUGAAACGGAACUGACCCUCAUCCUCCUGGGGCCCAGUGGUGGUGGGCGGACCCCCCUGGCAGACACCUUGUUGGGUUGUAGUGUGGCCCAGAGACAAGCAGCCACAGGACCGCUGAUGGAGAGCAGCAGGCGUAGAGCGGUGGUGGAUGGCAGAGAGAUUACGGUGAUCGACACACCAGAUCUGCUGAGCCUGUCGUUGGGACAUAACAAGAGAGCAAGGGAAGCCCUGAGGAGCCUUCAGCUUUCCAGUCCUGGACCACACGCCUUCUUGCUGGUGAUCCCGGCUCCAACGCACAGUACAGAGGUCGAGCUUAAUGCCGCUCAGGCAAUCCAAACCAUCCUGGAACUUUUUGGACUUGAAGUCAGGCAGUACAUUAUCCCAGUUGUCACACACGCAGACUGUCUCGGAUCAAGGUGUUCCCUCAAUCAGCUUCUGGAAGUGGACGCUGGCAGUCUGAAAACAGCUAUGACCCUUUGUGGCCAAAUGCCUGAAGUGGUGGACAACAGGCCAGAUCGCCCCCUAGAGGCACAGACGGUGAUGCGCAGGCAGCUCAUUGAUCGUGUGACAGAGAUGAAGGUGCUGAGGGGGCGUUUUGUCCACGAGCUGCAGAGGCGGAAGGACCGACUCACGGAGGAGCUGCUGGCCAACAUGGCGUCUACACUGGCCAGAAAGCUGGCACACGUGUGAAGAGGAACCGUGGCGUUCCUGAGUGUAAUUUAUCCCCACAGUUACGUGGUGAUGGCAUUUAAUUGUCAUUUAAUUUAAUAGAUAAAUAGUUAGAAGAUGAGAGGAAUUUGU